AUGCGCGCCGAUGAGAUCGUCGGGCGGCUCGACGGUGUGCUCCUCACGGGGGCCGUUCGAUCCCGACCGCGACCGCAUGAUGCGCGACCUCGUCGACGCGGUGAUUGCCGCGCAGCGGCCGCUUUUCGGUAUCUGCCGCGGGUUUCAGGAUAUCAAUGUCGCGCUGGGCGGGACGUUGCGCCGCGACACCGCGACGAACGGCGAAUUGCUGCGCCACCAUACGCCCGACGGCACCUUGUUCGACGCGAUGUUCGAUCAUCGCCACCAUGUCGACCUGAUCGAGGGCGGGAUGCUGGCAUCGGCCUAUGGCGGCGCGUCGCUCGAUGUGAAUUCGGUUCAUUAUCAGGGCAUCGGACGGCUGGCCGACGGGCUGUCGGUCGAGGCGCGCGCGCCCGACGGGCUGGUCGAGGCGUUCAGCGCGCGGCCCAACGGCGCCCCCUUGCUCGCGGUUCAGUGGCACCCCGAAUGGGCGGUCGACGGCAACGAAGAGAGCCAGACCUAUUUCCGCCUGCUCGGUCAGGCCUUGCGAGGCGCGCUGUGAACCGGCGCGUCACCCGUUACGACCGCUAUCUCGCGCGGAUCAGCUUCUCGCCCUGA